AUGUCCUGCUCCAGCCUCUGUGUUCCCUGUGGGGUGUGCAGCCCUAUCCCCCUGGCCGACAGCUGCAACCAGCCCUGCGUGCAGCAGUGCCCUGACUCCACGGUGGUGAUCCAGCCCCCGGCCACGGUGGUCACCUGCCCUGGGCCCAUCCUCAGCAUCUUCCCUCAGUCCAGCAUCGUGGGCUCUGCAGGAGUCCCCGGGGUUGGGGGUGGCUAUGGUGGCACUUUCGGUAGCUAUGGAGGCUAUGGAGGCCUUGGGGGCUGGGGAGGCUAUGGAACCUUUGGGGGCUGUGGGGGCUACAGGGGCUGGGGUGGCUACGGGGGCUGGGGCUGUGGCUCUCGGUACCUCAGUGGCUGCUGUGGGCCCUGCUGA